AUGCAGUGGGAUGCCAUCACGGAGAUGGAUGAACACAACCGGCCUAUCCACACUUUCCAGGUGUGCAACGUGAUGGAGCCAAAUCAGAACAACUGGCUUCGCUCCAACUGGAUCUCUCGGCAGGCUGCCCAGAAGAUCUACGUUGAGCUUCGCUUCACUCUGCGUGACUGCAAUUCCAUCCCUUGGGUGUCGGGAACCUGCAAAGAGACCUUCAACCUCUUCUAUCACGAGACGGACGAAGCUCACGGCGUCAAGUUCAAGCCCACGCAGUACACCAAGAUCGACACCAUCGCUGCUGACGAGAGCUUUACUCAGAUGGAUCUGGGGGAUCGCAUCCUCAAGCUCAACACGGAGGUCCGGGAGGUGGGACCCAUGACCAGGAAGGGUUUCUACCUGGCUUUCCAGGACAUUGGCGCCUGCAUUGCUUUGGUUUCGGUGAGGGUUUACUAUAAGAAAUGUCCGUUCACUCUGAGGAACCUGGCCUCGUUUCCAGACACUGUUCCCCGUGUGGACUCGUCUUCGCUGGUGGAGGUGAGGGGCGCAUGCAUCGACCAUGCAGAAGAAAGAGACACGCCCAAACUGUUCUGUGGAGCUGAUGGCGACUGGUUGGUUCCACUGGGGAGGUGUGUCUGCAGCGUUGGAUAUGAGGAGAUGGAUGGCUCAUGUAUCGCGUGCCACCCGGGUUUCUACAAGGCAUUUGCCGGAAACAUCAAGUGUUCAAAGUGUCCGCCACAUAGUUUCAGUUACGCCGAAGGUUCUGCCGUCUGCCGCUGUGAGAAGGGCUUCUUCAGAGCUGAAAAAGAUCCUCCGACUAUGGCAUGCACACGCCCUCCGUCUCCUCCCCGUAACUUGAUUUUCAACCUGAACGACACCUGCCUGAUGCUGGAGUGGUCUCCUCCCAGUGACACCGGCGGCCGUCGUGACCUCACCUACAACGUCCAGUGCAAACGUUGCGGCCCCGAGCCCGACCGCUGCCAGCUGUGUGAGGAGGAGCUUCGUUUCCUGCCUCGUCCCUUAGGCCUGACCAACGCCACCGUCACCGUCAUGGAUUUCUCCGCUCACGCCAACUACACCUUCGAGAUCGAGUCGCUCAACGGGGUUUCGGACAUGAGCUCGUUCCCUCCACAGGUCGCCAUCAUCACUGUCAGCACCGAUCAGGGUGGUCCGUCUCUGGUGGGGGCUCUGAAGAAGGACUGGGCUUCCCCCAACAGCAUCGCUCUGUCCUGGCAGCAGCCGGAGCAGAUGACGCUCCUCAUCCUGGACUACGAGAUCAAAUACUACGAGAAGGAACAUGAGCAGCUGAGCUACUCUUCAACUCGCACCAAGGCUCCCAGUGUGAUCAUCUCAGGUCUGAAACCUGCUACGUGGUAUGUCUUCAGCGUACGAACCCGCUCUGCAGCCGGAUACAGCUCCUACUCACCUAAAUAUGAGUACGAAACCACAGGAGACUCCUCAGACAUCGCUUCAGACCAAGGCCAGGUGUUGGUCAUCGUCACAGCGGCAGUGGGCGGCUUCACCCUCCUCAUCAUCCUCACCCUCUUCCUCCUCAUCACCGGAAGGUGUCAGUGGUACAUCAAGGCCAAGAUGACCUCAGAGGAAAAGAGGAGGACCAAUUAUCAGAACGGCCACGUCCCGUUCCCAGGGAUAAAGACCUACGUGGACCCCGAUACAUAUGAAGACCCCACACAAGCCGUCCACGAGUUCACCAAGGAGAUUGACCCAUGCCGGAUCCGCAUCGAGAGGGUGAUCGGAGCCGGUGAGUUUGGUGAGGUUUGCAGCGGCCGACUGAGAACACCAGGGAAGAAGGAGAUUGCUGUAGCAAUAAAGACCCUGAAAGGUGGUUACGUGGAGCGUCAGAGACGAGACUUCCUGCGUGAGGCAUCGAUCAUGGGCCAGUUUGACCACCCCAACAUCAUCCGCCUGGAGGGAGUGGUCACCAAGAGCAGACCUGUGAUGAUUGUUGUGGAGUACAUGGAAAAUGGUUCACUAGACUCAUUUCUGAGGCAACAUGAUGGUCACUUCACUGUCAUCCAGUUGGUUGGCAUGCUGCGUGGCAUCGCCGCGGGCAUGAAGUAUCUGUCAGACAUGGGCUACGUUCACCGAGACCUGGCAGCACGAAACAUCCUGGUCAACAGCAACCUGGUGUGUAAAGUGUCAGACUUCGGCCUGUCCCGAGUCCUGGAGGACGACCCGGAGGCUGCUUACACCACAACGGGAGGGAAAAUCCCCAUCCGAUGGACAGCUCCUGAAGCCAUCUCAUACAGGAAGUUUUCCUCGGCCAGUGACGCCUGGAGUUAUGGCAUUGUCAUGUGGGAAGUGAUGUCAUACGGAGAACGGCCAUACUGGGAGAUGUCCAAUCAGGAUGUGAUUCUGUCCAUUGAAGAGGGCUACCGGCUGCCGGCCCCUAUGGGCUGCCCCGUGGCCCUGCACCAACUGAUGCUGCACUGCUGGCAGAAAGAGAGGAAUCAUCGGCCAAAAUUCACUGAUGUUGUUUCCUUCUUGGAUAAACUGAUCCGUAAUCCCAGCAGCCUGCUUCCACUGGUAGAUGACAUUCAGAGUCUCCCCGAGUCUCCUCUGGAUGAAAUGGACUACCCAAUGUUCAUCUCUGUUGGUGACUGGCUGGACUCCAUUAAGAUGACACAGUACAAAAGCAACUUCAUGGCAGCAGGAUAUAACACUUUAGAUUCAGUGGCAAGGAUGAGUAUUGAAGAUGUGAGGCGUAUUGGGGUGGAGCUGAUCGGCCAUCAGAGGCGGAUCAUCAGCAGCGUACAGACCCUUCGGCUUCAGCUACUGCACGAACAGGAGAAGGGUUUCCAUGUAUGAGGACGCCCUUGAACACACCCUGGGAGGGACAGAUAGAAGGGAGUGAAGUGUAGACCACUGGACAGACAGUCUAAAGCCUGUGCCUGAGUCGUAACCCCUCAUACAGCCGGACCAGUCUGUUUACGGAGGUCACUGGACAGACUACCACAGCAGACUGCCCCCUGGUCUUCCUCACAUCCAGUAGUAACAGACGUUUUUUACAGCCCUUACCCGAUACCCCUGGUUCUGCCAGACUAUUACGAGACAGCCUCAUAGACUUUUAAGACUGGCCCAGGCCCUCACUUUAGGGGAAUGUAAUGCCUUGUUGCAGCAGCAGUACUUUGUGUGUGGAGCAACAAUAUCUAGAGAUGUAGAUUUGCAAACGUAAUCUACUGAAUCUUUCGAUCCUUUCGUUUGUUCUUUUCAGAAUGGUGUGCUCAUGUAGCUGCUAUUGGGUGUGCAAUCGAAAAGUUUUUGUCCUUUGAAAAAAAAAAUAUAUAUAUAUCUUCAGUGGUUUUAUUUUAGAGUUUGAUAAUUUAUCAUGGAGGUAUUAUUUGCUUAAUUACCCUCUCUCCAGAGAAUCUGGUAGGCUAAUACUUGAAGAAAGAAGUGGGAACCAAGAUAUGGGGAUUUCUUGAAUGUUUAAAAGUGUAUAGACAAUUAAUCGAUAAUUAUUAUCAUAACCUAAUAUCUAUAUAUGUGCAGUCCUGUAUGUGAAAGCCCUAGUAAAUCUGGAUCUUAUUUAAAAUGAUUUAUUUAUGACAUUUUUUAAAAUCCAAAUCAGCAAUACAGUAUUAUGCAGUCACCUCAGUAUCUCAGAAGGAGAUGAAGAAUUGUGCAAUGAGAGAAGUCUUCUGGACGUAUAAACAUUAUGUUCACUCGCCACCGUCCACCUGUUUUUAUCGUCACGUGCGAAGCUUGCAGAGCUGGAUCAGUUGCCUUCAGAUGAAUAACCAUACAAGUCUAAUGGGACAGUUUUUUACAACUUGUGCGCUCACAGUUGUGUGAUCAGCCUGUUGUUGUUUGAUUGUGAAUGUUGCAAAUUGCCUGAAAGUACACAAUUUCCACUGUCUUAACUUAUGAAUGUUCACAUAUACUUUAUAGGUAGAUGUUUGAAAUUGUCAUCCAUCGAAGAAAAAAAUAACAUGGGGACUUAUAUGGUUGUUCAGUAGUAGGUGGAAUCCUGUCAUACACUCCUUGCUUUCUUUUCUUUUGCCUGCACACACACACUCUAAGUAUCAGUUUGCACUUCUGGGAAGUUUUCACAUCAACUCAGUCAACCAAUGAUGUCAGAGCAGAAGUCCGUCGAAAGUGCAAAGCUACUGGAUGGUAUUUCCGCCCCAGUCUGUGUUCAUCAUCAUCAUCAUCAUCGUGAAGGUGGUGGCAUUUAUAGGAAAACAAUGUACAUAAACGUAACUUGAAAUGAAAAGUGAUGGACGUACAGUAGGUGAUGCCAUGUUGUCAGAUGUUUGCCACUGGAAUGGACAUUUUUUUCUUAAUUCUCUAUGUCAAUGGUGAAUAGACAUUGCUGCAGAAUAUCUAGGAUGUGUCUAGUUGUUGAGUUUAAGGCAGCACAAGUAGCUCAAAUCUGGAAACCAGAGAUAAAGGCAGUAGUGUUAGCGGAGAGACGAGUACAUUAAGAAGAUGUAGGAGGAACGAACAGAAACAGCAGCAUCGUAACUCAUCAUGUGUCAUUCACACAUCGACAGCUAUUAACACACACACACACACACACUCUCACACAUACACACACACAGAAUGCCUUACAGUCCUUUACCCACACUAGAAAAACACUAUACCGUAUAGUUUUGGGGAAGUUUCACUCACCGGUGCAAUCACAGGACCUAGCCAUUAGUUUGAGUUGUAUUCCAUAUUCAACAAACGCCUCUCUACAGCUGUGGUUUUAUUACAAACUGGGGCUCCAUGAUUAAUGUUGGAGGCAAACUGGAUCUAGAUAUCUGUGCCUUUCUGUCACAGCGUAGGUAUAUAUCCAGGCCUUCAGGAGUAGGAAAAGCACACACACACACAUACACACACACAUACCGACGUCAACAGAACACAUCCAUACAUGCACGCACACGCUCGCCAAACCUGCUACAGAAAAUACGAAGAAUAUCAGAUGCUGUUUGUUUAGCAUGUUCUACUGCUGAGCAAUGUUAGAACGUUCUUUUGUACAAAGUACAAGUAUACUUAUAAUUCUUGUAUUUUAUUUUUUUAUAAUUUCCAAAGAGAUGUUGUAGAUCUUGCACACUGUAAGGCAGUUACAGCGAAUAUUUAUUUGCAAAUAAAGAUGAACAGUUCUGGUGGUU